AUGAAUAUAUUAUCUGGAGACGACUGGUAUACAAUACAAGCAUAUAGAGCAUUGAAUCAAGCACUUGGAAGGUGUCUUAGACAUCGUACUGAUUGGGGAGCUCUUUUAAUGGUUGAUGAACGUUUGUUACCAAAUAAACCAAAUGCCAACUUUGCUAAGUUAUCAAAAUGGAUAAGAAAAGGACUUCGAUCUAUGUGCAACUAUGAAAAUUUUAUCGAUGAAUUAACGAAAUUUGUAUCAUCAAUGCAAGAAUUAGAUUUAAAAAUUAAUGAAGAAAUGGCAAAAAGCAAAAAUUCAGCAAAAAUUUUUUAA